AUCAAAGCUACUGAGCUUCAAAGCUUGUUUCAACAAAGAUCUACCCUCUGAGUUGUCUAAGAAAAUCAUGUUGCCCAACAAUUCUGGAUCCGAUGCGGCUGAGCGUGAAAGCACGACUAGAAGCCCCGCACCUCCUCCAGAGUCGGUUGAGCCUUUUCCGUCUGUCCUACUUGAGGCCUUACCGCCUUCGCCGGUUCUAGGAACUCCUGGUGAUCCUCCAAAAGUGUCUCAGGCCGCUCAGCAGCAUUUUUACGGAUGAUGUUUUUUCCAUCGCUACUGCACUCAUUUCAAGGGCACUCAUUUCAAGGGGACAAACUGCCAGGAUGCAUCGUCUGCCUAAGUAGAUGGAAAAAGCAACGCCCAAGUCCAUAAUUUUGUAGUGUAUAAUAACAGUUCGUCCACCACCUCGUCGCAUCCACCUGCGCCUGCAGCUCCUGCACCUAACGGAACUGCUGGAGGUGCUCCAACAACCACGACUACGACUGCAGUGGUCGGAGGACCAGGGGGUGGAAAAAUGAUGAACCCAGCAGCUACCCAUCAAGGCGUUGUGCCUGUUGUUUAUCAUCAGCAACAUCCUCUUGCUUCUCAGGCUGCUCAGCAUGCCGUUCCAACCACUGCCUUGCACCCUACGAGAUCUUUUCCUCAACAGGUGGGUGGACAAGGACAAGGACAGAACCCACCUCCCGUGUCUUACAGUAGAUAUUGUUCGGUUUCUAACAUUUUUAGUCGGGGGGGAGGGGUAAUAUCAACAGGAGCACGUUCUUCUUCUGGCGCGGGACUGCCUUCUGGAGGUGCUCCUGUUUCCGGCACAGGUGCGCCUCUUACGAGUAUUACGGCUUGUUGUUCCCCCAAGUACUUCUUAUCCAUUGGCAGAGGCAAGCAUCUUGAAGCUGUUCAUCUCCAAAAGGGCGAGAGAGACGCAUCUUCAAGAUGCGACGUCUUAGGAUGGAUAUUAAGGGUGAGCUCUAAGCAGAGCAGUAGCUAUCCGCCACCGCCACAAUAUCCUCGUUCGUCCACUUCGCAGCAGGUCUACCGUCAGCCUCAGGUUGUUCGACAUCCCCCACAUCAUCAUCAGCAUUCUACUGAUCAACAUCCUCAGCAGCAUCCUCAGCAGCAACAUUCAUCUCGCGGCCCUGUUACUUCUCUCCCGGGAUCUCUCCAAGAGCCUCCAUUGACGCAUAUUCAGACCUUCGUGCAGUCAACUCCAAGUAGUAUUGGCUGGUCUGCGAACGACAAACCAGUUUUGAAUCUAGGUCUAUCCUUCAAACUGCCCAUACACGAACUGUUAGAUGCAAUCUGUAGAUAUCAAGAUCGCUUAGAGCUGGAUGAAGAACAAAUGAAGAAUAACAAUACGGGGACAACAAAUGAUAAUAGCAAUUUUUACAGGGCGGGUGCAACCACUAGUACAACUUCUAGAAGUACUGAGGUACCACAGCUGCCAAUGACCGCAGGAGCUGUGCCUGGUCUCGCAGAUCACCCUCAUCAUAAUGUUCAUCCCGGUAUAGCUACAACCACCUCGAAAGCCCUGUCGCAGGCUAGAGGAUUCGUACAGCAAACUGAAGUUUUGUUAUGGUCAGCUUUUAUCCAUCCUUCUCAGCGCGUAGUUGGACCCUUUUGCUCUGUAUAAUUGUUCCUAUAAGUUGCAACUAUUAUAUUAGCAGUCUUCUCGGCUCCGCAUGUUCUGAGUUCUAGGCUCUGAUAGAUGUUACUCGUCUGAAAAGAUAUUCUAGCCUUUGGUCUUCCACGGUCCAUCUCACUAUUAUAACAAGGGUAGAAGUAUUAAAAAAGGGGUCCAGACCCAGAGAUAGAAGUGAAAGCUAAUUUUGAGAGGUGGCGCGCUUUUGAAUGAUCGACCAGCACAUGCAGCAGCGCAUCAACAGCAGCCUCUUGCUCACCCGGGAAGAAAUAGAACUGGUAGUGUGCCUGGAGCAGUUCGUGAGGCACAACAGGGACAGGGAGAAAUGGCAACAACAGAUGCCACGACUGCUAAUACAGUGAUGUUAGCGGAGGCUCCUUUUAAAAAUACUAAUUCUGCUUGUGCCUCUGGGUCCUCUGUUGUAUCUAGUAGUACAAGUUGUACCCCGUCUGGUGGUGGUGUCGUGACGUCCUCUAGGGCGGUGUCACCAGCCGCGCAACCUGGUGUAGGACCAGUUGUCGUGCAAAGUGCACGAUCAACAGCAGUUUCUCUCGCUCCCGCUGUCACAUCAUCUCGUCCAUCAGCAUUCAUACAAAAAGAAAGCGUCGUUCUAGGUCCUGGCCUAAGUCCAACAACGACACCAGCAUCCUCCACAACAGCUACUGCUCCACAUCUAGGAAGUGACCUAGGAGGUGGAGCAAGUUGUAGUACUGCCACGACUACAACUUCCACGAACACGAACACGUUGUUGCAGAACACGACUUCCUCUUCCUCUUUAAGGCUUCCCCUAAAGCAACUAAUUCAUCUUAAGAAGCAUCUUUGUAGUCUUGUUUUUCAAGGAGAAUGACAAGAUGCCUGUCCUCUGAAUGGUUCAUCCGGUCUUUGGUAUAGCCUGAAUUUGAUCACAAGGGUUCUCUCCUUGUUUUCCCUUAUGAUCAAACUCAGGCUAUACCAAAGACCGGAAACCAUACACUGACUGUCAAGAUUUGAGGAAAGGCAAGGUCUAAGCCCUGCAGGAACGACCGCGGCACCUUCUCCAGGCGUGGAGUACGCAGGUGGUGGUGGACUUAGUGUUAAGGGCUUCUGAAUUACAUCCGUAAGAACAACCUCUAAUGGUGGGACACUCGUUUGCUCAAGUGGUGGACUUGUGAACAACCUCUAAAAAUGGUGGUGGACUCAUUUCAACUACAAGUGGUGGACUUAUUUCAACUACUGUUUCUGCCGCGAUGAAGGAAGAGCUCCAGAGCAACAAGUGACUGACUCGGUUGAUGUAUCAGGAUCACGUACAUCUGAGGCUGUAUUCAAUCAUCUUUAGGCGGUACUCAAUCAUCAGGAUCCCGUACCUCAGAGGCUGCAUUCAAGUGAAAGAGAAAUGUUUUUUAGAUGAUAGACAUUAAUAUCAUAGAAGGCGGGGUCCGUCGUGGGUACUACCGAUACUUUUGCAGCAACUUGGCAUUUUUGCGUGAAAGCAGCCUACUUUCAUCUGAUUCGGGAUUUUGAAACAAAUUUUUGGUACCACUACCACUUCUCAGCCGCAGCCCGCAGGCUCCUGUACAACUAGAAAUUCCGAUCGCUGAGGUCAAUAACCCACAAGAACGAAGACAUGCCUUGGAAGCAGAAUUACAGAUUUUGAAUAGUUCAACUUGUUAUAGCAAAUAUUUUUUGAAAGAUUUUUAAGAUCAUCAUGAUCGCAACAAACGUAGCAAUUGGACUCGUUGAACUUGAAAAACAAAAUCCUGAAUAUUUGUAAAAACGUCGUAGUUCUGGGUAAUCCUAAUAUCAUAAGAUUUAUAUCGUGGGUAUAAAAACGUCGUAGUUCUGGCUAAUCCUAAUAUCAUGAUAAGAUUUAUGUCGUGGGUUCUAACGGAACAAAAAGGAAACUGAGAACUCGUAUUUUCGCGCGAAUUAGCACGAUGAAGGC